AUGGCUUCUGUGCGUUCUUCUUUACAAAGUCGCCAGUGGCGGCGCGACGACUACUUGAUCACGACGGAUUCGUCACUCAUUCCACUCGCACGGCUCAUUGACAUUUUCAACUCGAAGGAAUUCUACUGGGCCAAUGCCAUGCCAUUGGACUACAUGAAAGCUACUCUAGAAAACUCACUCUGCUUCGGCCUGUUUCGCCGCCACGACGACGACGAUGACGACGCCGCCGGAGACGCGUUUCUCGGCCUCGCGCGCUGCAUCACCGACUACACCACGUUUCUCUACGUGACCGACGUCUGGGUCGACCCCGCCGUGCAGGGCAGGGGCAGGGGCCUGGGCAGCUGGGUGGUGCGGUGCGUGCAAGAGGUGGCUGAGGAGAUGCCGUACCUGCGCAGGAGCGUGCUUUUUACGAGCAGCUGGGAAAAGUCGGUGCCGUUUUACCGGAAGCUCAUGGGCAUGGAGGUGGUGGAGUCUAGGUUUGGGGAUGGUCUGGCCACCAUGGAGCGCAAAGGUCGGGGCCAUCCGCUGUAUGGGAGAUAA